AGACACUGCCCUCUGAGGAUUACAGAUGGAUCUCCAAAGCUCUGUUUGGUCCCAGGGGGCAGUUGAAAGACAACCUCCAACUGUGGUGGUUCCCUCCCCAACCCACAUUAGGGGCCAACCAGCCACCCUCUGGGCCUGAUGCGUUUUUCGCCCACCGCUUCUUCCUGUGGAUGCCUUACAGAAUGUGGCAAUACCCAUUCAAAUGCUUGGCACCUGCAUGUAAUGGUCGACAGCUGACAGCAUGCGGCCUGUACAAACAGGUUCGUCGUGUCGUUGAUGUUGACGACUAUUAUUAUAUGGGUGCUGAGUACUUAGAGUGUGGCUGUUGUCACAGGAAGUACAUCAGUUGGAGUAAUGCCAUCCUCAGUCAGCUGGACAUAGCUCACAGGCUGCAGUUCCCUGCAGUCCUUAGCUACAAGUUUGCAGCAGACAGGAGGGUGGUUACCAUGAUGAAGGAGAGAUCCUUAGGCAACAGCGCUACCCAGCUACACAGGAAGUUGAUGGAGUUGCACACGGAAGCAUACCUGAGAAACAGCAUCAGGUACAUGUCUGUGUGCAGCAAGUUCCAAAGGCCGAUGGUCAAGAAGAUUGACUUCCCUACCCCACCAGCACAGCAGCUCCUCCCUGGGCCACAAUGGUUCAGGUCUGUGUAUGCUAGGGAAGUCUGUUCUCGGCUAGACCACCUGAAAGCCAAAAUGACGUCGACCUUUGGGACAAUACUGAAAAUGGACUCCACCAAGAAGGUGACCAAAAAGCUGGCUGGUUCUGCCAGUGGAACAGCUGCUUGGGUCACCAAUAUUGGUAAUGAACAUGGGCAGGUCCUGUCCAGUGUGCUGACAGCUGCAGAAGGGCACGGAGUGGACAAGAUGGCACAGGGACUGGUUAAGAGGUACAAAGAUGCCCACGUUGACAGCCCUGUUUUGCUGUACACGGACAGGGACUGCUGUUCAGCAUACGGCAGAAGUACCUCUGACCUGUUCUCUGGCUGGCCAGACAUGCUCGUCAGGCUAGACAUCUGGCAUUUCAUGCGCCGGAUUGCCUCUUGUGCCACUACAGAGUCCCACCAGCUGUACAGCGUCUUUAUGGCCCAGCUGUCCGCCUGUAUCUUCAUUUGGGACAAGGAAGACAUGGCUCGACUGAUCAAGGCCAAGAAGUCGGAGCUAUCCCAGAUGGGGAUGAUCCAUGUGGAUGAUAUCUUCAUUCAGCAGCAGCUGGGCCGUAAGGAACUGGCACGCCACUGCAGGAGGUGCACCAGGGGUGUUGAGGAAACAACACGCCUCCUCGGUCAACUGGUGACCCUGUUCUGCUCACACCAGGGUUGCGAUACACUUGGUGUGCCACUGUUUGAAGCCCAACGCCUCAUUGAGGUAUGGACUGUACAACAAGCACACGUCAAGUGUAUUCAAGACCCACCUGGUGUACCCCUGUACUUCAAGGUGGGCACACUGAAAAAGGGAGGUGUGGAGCUGCCCCUUUAUAAGUGUGCUCGAGGGACCACCGCCCUGGAGAAUUUCCAUCUCCACUUAAAUCGGUUUAUUCCCGGUAAGUCAUUUAUUUUUUAAAUAACUUGCUUUCACCCAUUAAUUCUCCUUAACAAUGUUACCCAUGAUCUUAAUAUUUUUUUGUAAGGGACUUCUGCCAGUGCCAUGCAUUUUCAAGCAUACAUGCUGGAGGGCAUUGUGCGCUGGAAUGAGGACCGGGAAGAAGCCGAUGGUUACACCUGCUAUGACCUUCAGCUGCGCUCCACCUACAGAGCCUUUGGUCAAAGAGUGUUCCACACUGACCUUGAUCCCCAGUUACAAGCUCCAAGAGAGUACACUGGGGAGAAGAUGGGCAUUGAGUACCUCUUUGACCAGACAGGCAAAAGUUUCGAGGAGGUGAUCACUGAUGUGGAUGUGGAGGAUGAAGGAGAGAAACUGCUGGAGACACUGUCCCCAACUGAGGAGGAAGAUGAUCCAGCAGAAAUGGAAGCAGUGGAUCCUACAAUCUCCAUUUCAGAGCCCCCAGUGAUUGCCUCUGACAUCGCAGCUGAAGAUCUAGCAGUUCCCCAGACAGAAGACAAGAAGGAGAUCCCUCUUGAUGCGUUGGCACUUGGGCCAGACGGUCAAGAGGGUUUCCAUCUUGUGAAGGAACUGGCCUCAUACCUAGUGGGACUGCGUCAGGAGAGGUGUCUUACAGAGGCACAGGUGAACAUCCUGAUACCUAUGUUCAAGGCCCUCCCUGAUGCGGAUCAACGCAGGUUGAAAUACGCCCCUAGGUAUGAGGCAAAAACAAAGGGUGGACGCUUCGGCACAGUCAGAAGUGGUGUUGUUCCAGGACUCACUAGUGUGAAGCGGAGCUUUGAGGGUGGAGACUCUACAGCAGCUCAGUGGCCAGACAACAGCAGGAUAGUUGAGGCCAUCUGCGACGAGUUGGUGCUACUCCACCCUUAUGGCAAGCGCUCACACAAGAGGGUUGUGCCGAGGUGGUCCAGAGUGUUGAACGACUACAGUAGGAUCCAGCAACUGGUCUACAACAGUGCCAGACUGAGGCUGGAGACCUCACUGCAGUUGUUCAACAUUAAUCAGAGGACACUCCUACAAUGGUAUAGUAGGAAGCAGAAAAAGAUGGAGAAGGCCACGCUGGUUCAAGGUAUGGACCUUCCUGCCCCCCCAAUGACUGCAGAAGAACCACUUCUACCUCCUGCCCAGCCCACAAGACUAGAGGUACCAGGACCCUAUUUCGACGCUGUGGGGGAGGUGGAAGAUCACAGCGGCACUGCAGUCACAAAGCGACGCAGGAAGGAAAAACCAGCAAACCAGCCUGAACCAGCAGCCAUCAUUAUGGAUGUUCCUCAGCAGAUUGUUCCGGCUGAUGUUGAGCAAGUGGCCUCUGCCCGCCUCUCCACAAGGAAGCGUAAAGCAGAUGAGGUGGGUAGAGUGAACGUCAGGCAGAAGAAAUUCAACACUUGCUCAAAGUGUAGCCAGCCUAAGUUGCUUGAAACAGGCCACAAGGGGUACAAAGGCUUCAGUUACUGCCCUGUUUCAAGUAACUUAACUUAUGAACAAUUUGUUGAGGAGGCCAAAAAUAAAAUUGGCCAAAAAAGAAAGUUGUAA